AUGAAACGGUUUGCGAAGGAAUGCCCUGAGAGUUCCGUGAAGCUAGCUAAGGGCAUUGAGUAUUUGGAAGAGCCAAGCGAGCAGUAUAAACACAUUGCUGAGGGGUACAGUGAAGGAAUCGAUAAUUUCAAGGUGUUGAAGGAACUCCCCAAAGGAUUCAAGUUUGGUGCAUCUUACGAUACUUACGUUGUCAAUGCACCAGUGUAUCUCGAAUACGUUUACCGCAAACUAAGGGCAGAGUAUGGCGUGAGGUUCGUAAAACUGCGCCUUGGACGGCUCAGUGAAGCUCUAUUGUUUACUAGUUCGCCAAGCCCAAUUAUCAUCAAUUGUACUGGGAACGGCCUUCAAUGGACAGGCGGCACCGACCCUGCUUGUUUUCCUAUUCGUGGACAAACGCUUCUUGUCAAUGCUGCCCACGAUAAUUCCUUAGCGGACACAACUGUGACUGUCCAACACAGGCUGGGCCAGUGGACGUUUUGCAUAAACAGACCGUUGAACGGCGGAACCAUUAUUGGAGGGACCAAACAGCCCUACGAUACUGACCCACUGCCCCGACAUGAGGACACAAUGGCUAUCUUGACAAGAGCAAGCAAAUUGUUCCCUCAGCUUAUGCGAAAGGACAAGAAUGGCCAGGCUUAUUUUGACAUCAUACGAACAAACGUCGGGUUCCGCCCCGCUAGACAUGGAGGGCUUAACCUCAGUGUCGAGCGUCAUGGACCCUACAAAGUGAUCAAUGCCUAUGGGGCAGGUGGCUCGGGGUUUGAGCUUUCGUAUGGUGUUGGACUCAAGGUGGUGGAGACCUUGCGCACGACUCAUCGGGAGAGUCAGCUCUGA